AUGUCCACCAAAGCUUCCAAGUGUUCCCCCAUCUCCACCUCCACCUCCAACUUUACGGUCGGAGCCAAGUCCCGGACUUUCACCCUCGAUUCCUUCUCCGUUCUCGCCCCAAAAAUAUACCUGCGUCAAUCGUUGCCAUUCCCCUACCUCGCCGUGACAGUUGCUGUAGGCGGCUCGAGCUCAGUUCAGAUGUACACCGAUAUCGAUUAUAGGGGUCGAUGCGCACAAAUACUUGAAAAAUACAAAUGGCUGAGUGUUGUGGGGCGGCGCCGUCUACGCCACCCGCUCCCAGCUAGGGGUUCACUCUCCACACCUGCCGACCCAGCUUCAAUCGCGAAUGGCAAUCUGACCGGUUCGCACGCCAAGUGGUCUUUGACUUGGCUGGUUGGAUACGCGCAUGAUUUCGGACAACCAACCACUAAAAUGCUCACAGUAAUCUUGGCGGUCAGUCAAAUGUGCGAAGAAUCCAACAAUCUGGAUAGUCUGGACUAG